UUUUCUUCAAAAUGCUAUUCGAAUUCACUUGUGUGUAUUACCUUUCAUUUUCAGAUUUACGAACGAGUUUUAGUUGAUGAUGGAGAAGCCAUAUUCAUCGAAGGAGGAGAGGAAUACGGUGAUGUGUUUCGUGAAGAGGAGUACAUUCAACUUGAGGAUGGACGAUUUGUUCAGGCGAACCCACAUUCCAUAGUUCCUCAGCCUUCUGUAUCAGCACAACCACAAGUUUUGCAACAAGUGAGGGUUGCACCUGUCGCUCAGCGUAUUGUUGUUGAUUCCACACCUCGUAUUCAAAGUCACCACGUCAUCCAACAACAGAACUACCACUCACGAGCCCCGCAAGUCACCCGGUAUAAAUCUGAUAUUACGAAACCCUCUUUUGCCGAUCAAUUCAGCAGCAAUGUGUCACGACAGCAAUCUUAUGAGUUAUUGGAGAAGCCAAGUGUUCUCGGUUUUCCUCUCAUGAGUACUAGCGUUUCGAAAUCCUACACUUCUUCGCCUUCGACAACAUCUUUGUUCCAGUUGCCUUCCAAUCAGACAACCUCGAAGCCCAAAAAGAAGCCCUUACCUGGUCAACGAAAACCUUGCAACUGCACAAAGUCUAUGUGUUUGAAGCUUUACUGCGACUGUUUCGCUAAUGGAGAGUUUUGCCUCGACUGCAAUUGCAAAGACUGCCAUAACAAUUUGGAACACGACGCUGACCGUUCCAAAGCGAUAAAGCAAUCUUUGGAGAGGAAUCCGAAUGCAUUUAAACCGAAAAUCGGAGUAAAAAGUGGCAAAGUAGAUGCAGAAAGACUGCACCAAAAAGGAUGUCAUUGUAAAAAGAGCGGUUGCUUAAAAAAUUACUGCGAGUGCUUUGAGGCAAAGGUACCGUGUACAAGUCGGUGUAAAUGCCAUGGUUGUCAGAAUACUGAAGGAGAUCGUGCCAACCGAAAUGACAGGAUUUCUUCGACGAGCUCUGCGUUGAUGAAUCUUGCGAACGCUGCUUCUUCACUUACAACUGGAUCGCCAUCUUCACCGCUUUCUGAGAACGAAUCUGAGACAGAGUCUUCCACGGCCCGCCCUGAUCCACGAUCAUAUCCAUGGUUCUACAUGACAGAUGAGGUGAUCGAAGCUGCUACGCUAUGUCUUGUAGCUCAAGCUGAAGAAUCGUUAUCCGGAUGUACGGGCGAAGCAUCUGAGGGGGUAGUCGAAGAGAUGGAAAGGAUGGUGCAGCUGUCAGAUAGCGACAAAGAGUUCAUGGAGAGAGCGUUUCAACUGGCGGAGGAGGCUCUUGAAAAUAAUGAAGUUCCUGUUGGCUGCGUGUUCGUAUAUCGUGGGAAAGAGGUGGGACGAGGCAGGAACGAGGUCAACAGCACAAAGGAUCCGACUACCCAUGCUGAAAUGGUUGCAUUGCGAAGAAUGGAGUUGCAGAUUCCGAAUAUCAAAGAGAUUCUUCAUGAUUUAGUUCUCUACGUGACGCUUGAGCCAUGCAUAAUGUGUGCUAGCAUAUCCAAAAUCGUUUACGCGGCUGCGAACGAGAGAUUCGGAGGAAUAAAAAGUGUGGGUAAUAGCAGUAAGUACAAUGUGAAAGGAGCAACAAUCGAGAUUGUGGACUCAGUAGAUGUCGAUCGAUCAGUCAAUCUCUUGAAGUCUUUUUAUGAGCGCCAAAAUCCGUUUGCGCCCGAAGAGAAGCGGAAAAUGUCGUUGUCCCGAUUUCUACGACUCGCCUUACCAUCAACUUCGCAUUUUGUUUGUAAACCACGAUUACUAUUACCUCCUAGCGCACGGCUCCGCAUCGCACGAACAGCUUAUCAAGUGAUUUCCUUUUUUGUUAUCUCACUUCAAUCGAAGUCGAAAGUUAAUGGUAGAGAUGCUGGAGGCCACCGCGAUGUACUGUACUACGUGGUGAGUCUGGGAGUUGUGGCCAUUGGAGUGACGUUUGCUGCGAUUCCGGCUUACAGGGUAUUCUGUGAAAAGACCUCAUUUGGUGGUUUAACUCAGGUUGCAGAUGACUUUGAAAAAAUCGCAAGAAUGAAGAAAGUAGAAGAUCGACUUAUUCGAGUACAGUUCAACUCUGACACCCCUUCUAGUAUGCAGUGGGAAUUCAAGCCACAACAGCAUGAAAAGAUCGCUCGCAUGUACGUUCAUCCAGGAGAAACGGCCCUUGCGUUCUACACUGCGAAAAAUCCUACCGAUCGUCCAAUAGUUGGCAUAUCGAGUUACAACCUUACGCCAUUCCAAGCGGCUUAUUAUUUCAAUAAGAUCCAGUGUUUUUGUUUUGAAGAGCAAAUUUUGAACCCUGGUGAACAAGUGGAUUUGCCCGUUUUCUUCUACAUAGAUCCUGAUUAUGCCAAUGACCCAGCUUUGGAAUACCUGGACAAUAUCCUUCUCAGCUACACUUUCUUUGAAGCGAAGUCUGGUCUGCAACUGCCUAGUCCCUUUGAUCCUAACAACCGGCCGAAGAACGAAAAAUCUGGAAACAACCAUUCUAAGAAGACACCGUUUGGAGUGCGGAGUAAGGUUGCAAAAACUUCGCCAGUACACGUCGAUUCAACGGAA